UGACGUCAUAUCCGGAUUUAGAAAACCACAACAAACCUUGACAGCUUCAACCGAUGGAGGAAGAUAAUCACCAAAUACUUCAAUAUGCUCACUCUGAGUAUAAAAAACAGAACUUCAAACAGGCAGAAGAACUGUACACGAAGUUUAUCUCGUCCUGCUCACAGUCCAGAGGAUGUGAAGCUGGUAAUUUGGCGACAGCUUACAACAACCGCGGACAGAUAAAGUACUUCCGGGUUGAUUUCCAUGAAGCAGUAGAGGACUUCACUUCCGCCAUACAGACUGACAUCCGGUUUGAAACCCCUUUCUACAACAGAGGACUCAUCCACUAUAGACUGGGUUUUUAUGACGAUGCCAAGAGGGACUUCCAGCAAGCGUUAAAGCUCAAUCCAGAUUUUGAAGAUGCCAAAGUGAGCCUGCAACAGACCCUUCUGGACCAGCAGCACAAGAUAAACAGAGGAUACUGACUGUUCCAUAAACUACAGAGUACAUACAUCCUGAAAUCCGGUGGAAAAAUAAAAUAUGUGUCGUCAAUUUUCUUACAUUUCUGUACAGUUGUCAUAUAACAAAUGAAGAUGUCAUUUGAUCUGAAGAUGAACAGUAUAUUUAGAGAUGUGAGCAUGAAGAUAAACCUAAAAGUGAGCAACAUAAAGCAACCUUCUGAGAAUCAAACAUUUGAACACAUGACAGGAAGAAGACAUCCCGCUGGAUCAGACGCAACGCUUCAAUGGAUUUUUUAUGUAAGCAGAGCAUUGAUAGAUCCUUCUUCUGCACUAACUCGAGGCUCUUCCAGUUGUAACGGCCUCCUAAAUGAAAGCAUAUCAUUGUGUAAGUCUGUGAGUGGACAGCGCAGACUAAUCGACCCGGGCGCAGCAGGUAAAACGAUGAGCUUGGGUUUUUACUGUCAGUAAUAAAUGUUAGUGCACCUUCUUGAA